CACAGUCUGCCAUCACAACAUCGACCCCGUGAUGUCAAGUUAACUCCACCCCGUUCACUGAUUUCACGCCUUUUUCCACUACAACAACCCUGCCAGCCUCCCCUGCAGCUCGGGAGGAGACGCAGCAGGGGAGGAAAAGCACAGUACAGGAGUGACAGCCAGCACCACCACCAUGAAGUGUCACCAAAUUCUGACUGGUGCGUGCAAUGCUGGUGACCGCUGCUUUGCUGUUGGCAGUGUGGAGGGAGUGCCCUUCACGGCCUAUGCAGCAGGGUGUAACAUAGUGAUCCUGGCCAGCACCUUUGAGAGAGUGCAGGUCAUUCCCGGCGUGUGUCACAACAAUGUCCAGAUCUCCUGUGUUGACUGCUCCACUGAUACAGGGAAGAUUGCUUCUGCCUACGGGAAGCUGGUGUGUGUCUUCGAGCCAACGCCACUCUCUCAGCCCCUUGGUGCACAUCGUCUGGACUACCGGUGGGUGCAGACGGGGGGCAUUGAAGCUGAGGGGUACAUCAACACACUGUCCUGGAAUGUGGAGGGUUCACGGCUCCUCACUGCUGGAGAUGUGCUGCAGAUGUGGGCCGCCCCCCUGCCCAAGUACCCGGAGGAAGACACCACCAGUGGGCCGGUGACCUUUGACCUGGGCGAUGAAGCAGACACCAGUAGCAGCUGUGGCGGUGGUGAUGACAACAAGUGGGUGUGUGUGUGGCGGUGUUUGACAGCUUCACCGACAGCCUUCCUCAGCUUCUCCCCUGACGGAACACUGUUUGCCACCGCUGCGGCCACAGACAGGCUGGUCAAGGUGUGGUACGACAACAAGCAUGUUCUCACACCAGCAAGACCACAAGAUGCUGAAGGAGUAGGAGGAGGAGGAGGAGGAGGAGGAGGAGGAGGAGGCCAGUCUUCCUCCUCCUAUACCUCCUCCUCCUUCUCCUACAUCUACCUCCCCCACCCCAGUGCUGUGAGGGGGUUUACCUGGAGAGCCACUAGUAAAUAUAUGCCAAAGGGCAGUGUCAGCAACAUGCUCAUCACCUCCUGUAGAGACAACAUCAGCAGGGUUUGGGUGGAGACAGUGCUCCCGGAUGACGACCUGGUGUCCCUCCUCCAGCUGGACCCUGCAGCCGCUCAAAACCCACGCUUUCACACACACAGACACAAGCACAGGUUCCUCCAGAGGCUGAAGCACAUGAAGGCCUGCUUUCAGAUGCGCCGCCAAGCCAAGGCAGGAGGCGUUGGGCUGGGCUGUCUGGUUGGCGGUGGCGGUGGUGGUGGUGGUCGGCCCCUACCCACAAUGCAAUCAACUUACUCUAUGCAUGACUACCACAUGUAUGGUAUUCAUGCUAUGGGGAUUACUCCAGGUUUUCAGUUUCACCUGGCGGCCUCCAUUAAUGCAGAGACUGACAUCCCCUUGGUGCCCAGUCUGAGUGGAUGGGUGGGUGGUGGUGGUGGUGGUGGAGCAGAGGUGGAGCAGGGCUUUGUCAUUCACUGGCUCAACAAUAAAGAGAUGCAUUUCACUGGAGAGGCGGAGAAUAUACUGCUUGAGCUGUGCCGCCGUGCCCUGGAGAAGGACCCUCUGAGUGGCAUGGACCCAGACAGACAGUCGGAAGCCAGUGAGAGCAGGACAGGCUAUAAAACACCCAUACACCUCGCAAACCGCACUCGUUCGCUUGACGAUGACGACACCCCUGGCCCUCCACCCAUCCCCCCACGACCUUCCGUCCCCACCUCACACACCCCACUGUCCGCUGCGACGUCCUCCACUUCCAUCGCCACAGACACCACCUCUGGGGUCGCGGCAUCAACAAGUGGGCUAGGUGACGCUCUGGACCGUAGGAUAGAGGUGUUACUCCGAGCAUGGCAUUCCACCUCUGACGUCCUCUUCUCCAUCCACCCGGUUGAUGGAUCACUGCUGGUGUGGAUUGUGGACUUCCUCGACGACUAUCCUGGAUCAUUCCGCCAGGCUCAAGUGUCAUUUUCCGCCCGUAUUCCCUCCGCCUUGCCGCUGGGUGAUGCCAUGACCAUGUGUCCACGCCUGGCGCUCUACGGUGGCCCUCCUGCAGCACCAGCUCUCCUCAGGCAUCUGGCGCGCAUGGAAGGGGUGCAGGAGGAGGAGAGCAACCGAGGAAGACCCAAGACACGAACUGGUGGUGGUGGCGGUGAUGACAAGGACUGGGGUGGUGGAGCAGGGACCAACACCCCCACCCCAACCACCACAACCCUCACCACCUCCCCCAAUGGCCCCAUGCCCACCCCAUCCCCAAUCAUCUCCCUUAUCACAAAACACAGUAACGGGUCACUCAAUCUGUGGCAUCUGAGUGUGGCAGAGGGAUCCAGGUACACCCAGGUCCUGAACAUCUCUCACUUCACUCGAGUAUGUGGCCAUCGCUUCCAACUGAACGACAUCAAGUGCCACCCAGUGCUGCCGUUGCUGCUGUCCACCUCACACCACAACAAGCGGGAACCUUCACCACCGCCAUCCGCUGGGCCACCACAGUCCGCCACAGAUGACACACCCCUUAUAUGCAUCCAGGACUCCACAUACCGUGACUGGUGUAGCGAGCUCAUACUGUGGCGAGUGGAUGCCGUUGGUCCACUCAGUCGCUCAGGCGGAGUGACGGAGUUAGCCAGGGUCAACUCUCCGCAUGUGUCAGCCUUCUCCAAUGCUGCCUGGAUACCCACACUGCUGCCCAGCACGACCCUGGGCAGCGUCUCCAACUCCCCCUCGGCGUGCUUUGUGGCCUCGGACGGGGAGUGUCUGCGAGUGUACCAGGCGGUGAUCGACGGACGGGCGCUGCUUGCCGAGAUUUCCACCAGUGAGAGGAAGAAGAUGAUGCUAAUGGAGUCAAAUCUUAGUCUCUCCACCGACAGCUCUCUGCAGGAACAGGCCGGCCAGAUGAACCUCUCGGACAUCUUCACCAUCAUCUCGGAGCAGUCCACUGCUCGGCCCGGCUGCAUCAUUAAGCUGGACGACAUAGGGGACGCCACCAACAACUGGCAACACACGCAGUUCCUCCAUGUGUUCCAGGAGGGGCUGAUACAGGGGGAGACCCACUCUGAUACUGACAAGGGAAGGCCGGCGACCCUGUUUGACCCCAGCCACGCUCCGAUGGUUGACCUUCACUCUCUGGCAAAGUUUGAGGAGCCUUUCUACAUUACUCUGCUGGAAAAGACCUCUGCUGGAUCGACAAUGCACGUGUGGCGUCUGGUGAUUGCCUCGGAGACCCAGGGGAGGGACACACACUUGGGGGAGGCCGCCAGCCCCUCCUCCGGCCACAGCACCCCCACCGCUGCAGCCCCUCACGCCGGGGAGGGCCUGGCCGGCUCCCUCGAUGCCUCACCCAUUGCCAUCACCACCACCAAGGUUUGCGAACAGAACCUUCCACUCCCACCUGGCGUCAGCAUCCUCCACGCCUCCCCCUCUGCCGGCCACCUCAGCUCCGCCUCCAUCCACCCUGCCUGCUAUGCUCCCUAUGUCCUUGUCACAGCCUGCUCUGACAACACCAUCAGGUUCUGGGGCUGCAGGCUGGUGGGUGCUGGUGGUGUGAAGCUGUCUUGGCAGGAGUGGGGCAUGGUCAGCUGUGGUGGUGAAAGUGCUAUCAGAGUUCCAGGCCUGCCCCUCCAUGUGAGCGCUGCCUACAGUGGCCGCAUCGCCUGUGCUUACCAGACACCGGGCCAGACCUCUCACACCACAGCCAACAGUGAUGGAUCAAUGGAAUUCUCUUGCACUCUUGCCAUCUAUGAGUGUGAGAGUACUGGAGGCUCACAGUGGGUUCUGGAGGACAAGUUUGACCUGCACGACACAGUGACCCAGCCCAGUGACCCCUGCAUGAGUGACAUUGACCUGGGAUACCUGUCCAGGAUGGCAGCCCAGGGUCGCUCUACCACCUCCAAGCUCUCUUCCACCUUCAGUGCGGAGGAUCUGUGCCCCUCCUCCCCACUCUUCUCCGCUGACGCUCUCCACUCCGUCAAUAGCCAGCUCCUAGUGCCCAGCCCCAGCACGCUACACUCCCUGCGACACCAGCGUUUUGACAAGAGUGGCAUCAGGGUGAAACAAAAACACCCCGUACAGAUUGCAUGGGUGUCACAAGAGGAUGGAUCUCACCUCCUCACUGUGGCCAUUGGGAGUAAGGUUGUGGUGUACACGAGUGUGGCGGAGGAGGUGGCAUUGGUGAGCUGCAGUGGUGACAAGAAGAAGGGUGACAGGGAGGGCCGAGCGUCAAGACCUGUCCUUCAGAAGUCCAUGUCUCUACACACUCUCUGCGACACCAAACUUCCCAGGUGGAUGCGUUUAGAGCGACUGACUCUCUCCUCUGCGGAUGGCCUGGCUCCACUCCCCAUGCAGGUGUCGUGGGUGCGUGACGGGAUCCUUGUUGUCGGCAUGGACAAUGAGGUGCACGUGUACACCCAGUGGCACGAUACAGCAGACCCCAGCAGGCCCCGUACCACCACCACCACCGCCACGCCCAGCCUCCCCCCACAGCAGGGUGAGGAGGAGGAGGAGGAGGAGGAGGAGCAGAGUGACAGCCAGAGCAAUGGAAGGGAGCUAACAGAGGCAGACCUAAAAUCAUACCUACAGGAGUCGUCACAUCACCCUAAAGGAGCAUCGGGGAUCAACAGGGUGACAUCCUACUCUGUGCUGGCCGUCCUGGAUAGCAAGAUGAAGAAAGGGCUGGGUGAGGCAAUCAGCAACAGUGGCGGCGGGAGUGCGGGAGGGGCUGGGGAGGGCGGGGUGACAGACGCAGCCCCUCUCUCUGGCAUAUUUGAAGCAGGACACACAGCCUCGCCCAUCCUGCCACAGUACCACCCACGCCAGCUCAUGGAACUCCUCAAUUCGGGCAAGAUCAGGAGAGUCAAGGCUAUUCUGGCGCAUUUAGUGAGGUGUCUGUCGCAGCUUGGCCAACACAGCAGUGACAUCCCAGCCCGCAUUAGCCUCAGUGACCAGGAAGAAGCAAGGAGUAGAGUGUGGUCUCGAUCACGCACUCUCUCCAUGUCCGGCACACAGGCUGGCGCUAGCGGCAGGGAGGGUGGGCGUGGCUCCAUCACCAUGCUGGCAGAGGAGCUCACCCUGGAUUAUAUAGAGGUGACGGCCAUCCCCCCCCUUCCCCUGUGGCUGCUGCUGGAGGCUGACAAGGACACACAGAACCACCACCACCAUCGCCGCCAAGGUGUACACGAUGCCAACAAGGAGGAUACGUACGCACAGCUGUUUGGAGGACCGAGCUUUGGAGGGGAGGAGGACGACGACCUGACGCUGGAGGAGGAGGAGGAGAUGGCCAUCGGUGCGGCAGCGGCGGCGGGGAGAAGAAAAUCCCUCACUCAUGAAACAAAGGGCAUUGCUUUCUUCGGGCCCAGACAGGCACAGAUCUUGGCCACCCUGCUGACCCACACUCACCUGCCUGGGUUGUCAAGCCUGGACCAGAUGCACCUGCUGGCCCUGGCGGACACUGUGGCCUCCUGUAAUGUGGAUUUUGCGGACCGCUUUGACAUCAACAAGGCAAAGGAAGCUCUGGCCAAGGAAACGUUCUCCAGGACUGCGUCGGAUGAGCCUUCCAUGGAGACCCUUGAUGACUGUGGGCUGCGGUUCCUGUUGGCCAUGCGUCACCACACAUACCUGCUGCGUUGCCUGCCUAUCGCCCAACGUGCCGCCCUGCAGAAGGCCGGCAUAGGGAGCCAUAACUUUGUGUGGGCGUACCAUUCGGAGAGCCAGGAGGAGCUAUUGGACUUUAUUCCCUCCAUGAGACAGGGCAACCCACGCUGGUCCGAAUUAAGAGAGCUUGGGUUUGGCUGGUGGGUGAGAAACAACACUCUUCUUACUCGCUGUUUUAAUAAGAUCGCCAAAGCCGCUUUCCUGACCCGCAAGGACCCGCUGGACGCUGCCAUCUACUACCUAGCCAUGAAGAAGAAGAGUCUAGUCUGGGGUCUGUUCCGGUCCAUUGACGACAAGAGAAUGACGGAUUUCUUCUCUAACAACUUUGCCGAGGAGAGAUGGAGGAAGGCUGCCUUGAAAAAUGCCUUCGCUCUUUUAGGAAAGCAGAGAUUUGAACAUGCCGCAGCCUUCUUCCUUCUUGCCGGGGCCCUGAAGGAUGCGUUAGAGGUGGUAUUGAACAAGCUGCAGGAUGAACAGCUGGCUAUCGUCAUCAUCAGGCUCUACGAGGGGGAGUUUGAGGCCGUCCCACCCACACUGAGAAAACUACUGCAUACUCGCAUCUUGGGGUACGAGGAGAGCGCAGACGAGGACACACAGCCGGACGUAAUGAAGAUGCAUACAAACCCUUUCAUCCGUUCUGUGGCUUUCUGGAUGCUAAAAGAACACAGUAGCUCCCUCUCAACCCUGCUCCACACCGCACCCACCCUCGGCAUCCACCACCCAGAGUACAGCGGUGCCAGGACUAGUGCCUCUACCUCUCUCUCUCUCUCUCCCCCCACAGCUGAUCCGAGUGUAUUUAACUUCUACAUCUACCUGCGCACACACCCGCUGCUAAUCCGCCAAUGCAUCGCCAACAGUGCUGGAGGGGCUGGGGCGCUGAUGGCCUCUAGACUGGGCGCAGGACAGCACACCCUGGACAAGAGAAGUGUUUAUGGGAACACAAUGACCUUGGCAGAGAGGCGUCUGUACUUCACCACAGCACACGCCCAUCUGAGAGGAGGCUGCCCAACCCUUGCUCUUGAAGUUCUGUCCAAAUUGCCCCAUAAAGUCACACAGCUACAUGAACCAGCCACAGGAGCAGACCUCCUAGGCUCUCCAAGCAAGGAACACAAGCCAUCCGUAGGAAUGAUCUCGAGUGGAACCUUUGACCUGGGUGGUGGUGGUGGUGGUGGUGAUGACAAGAGUACAGCUGAUGCAGGGCUCUCCUUCGACUGGGGUGCUCCUUCCUCUACAUUUGGCCAGAGGAAAGAUGAGGAGCUGGAUCUCGACUUCUCUCUCGGAGCGGAGGAGGAGGAGGAGGAGGAGGAGGAGAAGGAAGAGACAGUGGCACAAGAAGAAGAGGAAGUUGGCCCCAAGCAGCUGGACAUCAUGGCACAGCAGCUGAAGUUCAUCUCGUGCCUGAAGAUGAUGAUGGAGGAGCUUGCAACAUUGGCUACCGGCUGUGAGGUGGAUGGUGGGCAGCUGCGGUACCAGCUGUAUGUCUGGCUGGAGCGAGAGGUGGAGGCCUUGAAGGAAGUGUGUGACUAUUGCAGCAGCUCACAGAACCAGCCAGGAGCAGCGCACUACUUCUACUGCAACAUGAUGCCCGUGGGAGAGAUGUGUUGGGCAUUCAGUGAUAGAGAUGCCCUGGAGCCCUUGCCGGGGGAGGAAGGGGCUGCUGGAGGUGUGGUGGGGGGUGUUGGGGCCUCAGAACACACCCCUCUGGCCCCAUCCACCCCAGGACCUGCCGAGCCUUCCACCCUUCAUGAAAUUCUACAGCAAGAGAAAAUUGAGUUUGAGGAGAAGAUGGAGAGAGCAGCUAGGAGGAAGCGGUGGUUACUUGCCAACCAGCAGCUCCUCCGCACACUAUUGAGCUACUGUUCCCUGCAUGGUUCAAGUGGAGGAGGGCUGGCCAGUGUGAGGAUGGAGCUCAUACUACUGCUACAAGAACUACAACAGAGCAGCAAACAGCAGCUCCUCUCACCACUGCCCUUCCCCACAACUCUGCCUCUCCUCUCAGCUUCCAUCGCCUCCAAUAAAACUGUUGUUUCUGAUCCUGUUAGGCAUCUGCAGGCCGGCACACACGACUUGCUGCAGACCCUGGUGGACAUGCAGGGGUUGGAACGGCCGAGUGCUGGUGUUCUGUGUGAGGCUGCGGUGCUGAGGAACCUUGCCGCAGCACUGUCAGCCUGUAUCUACCAGUCCCUCUGUGACUCCGAGACCUUCACUGUCAAGACGCAGCACAGAGUGGCAGCACUAGGAGUGGAUAUCCAGCACCUGAGCGUGGCCCACCGAGAGAGUCACCUGGUGGGGCGGGAGACUCGGAGCGUGGCACCUGGCGAGGAGGAGACCCUGGCCGUCUGCACCCCCCCUGCCAAGUGGCCCGGCGUCACCUCCCUGCUGGCUCUCCUGGCAAGAGAACGAGAUGAAGAUACCCCAAAAUUGAGUCUUCUGCUGUGUGAGGCAUUCGUGGCUGUGUACCUGAGUCUGCUGGUGCACGGCCUGGCUGCUAGCGAUGCCUAUGUGCUGUACAGGCUGGUGGCGCGGCCUAUCAGUGACAGAGACUGGGCUACACUCUUCGGAGGAGGCGUCAAAAAGCAGCUCAAGGUUAUCACUGCCAGUGUGCUGCCGACACAGAGCUCACUGGAGAAGGAGGGCACAGCAGCGGCGGCAGCAGUGGCAGCAGUGGGUGGGGAAAAGCUUCUGUCCACGAUAUCGAAGACUCGGAUGAAGAUUAACAUGAAGCUCCUGGGUCAAUUGGGCUUCCAGGAUCCGAGAGGUGCUGCUGCUGAGGGUGAAGGCAAGACAGCGUACCGGGAGCAGUUUCUUCCCCCAGAGAUGUCCAUUGUGUCACUGCUCAUGAAGAAGCCCAGCCUGCCGACGGAGUUGGAAGGGAUUGACUAUGACUCCUCAGGCAGUGAUGAGGAGGAGGAGGACCUGGAGAUGGAGGAGGAUGAUGAUGUGUUUAAGGAGCCAAAGGUGGUGGCGGAGAACAGAGAGCACUGUGACCCAGAUUCCUACUCGUGGUGUUUGCUGCGUUUGGCCACAGUGCGCGCCGCCCGGCAGGUGGUGCUGUCCUUCCUACAGGUGGCCGGCGUGGAGAUGAUGGAGCUACCAAUGCAAAGCCCACUGCUACACUCCAUCCUGCGUGCCGUGGACCAGUGGGUGGACAGUUUGGUGCAGCACAUUGAGGGCAAGAGAGGGCCCCCACCUGAAUACAUCCCUGGCUGCUUUGCUGAGACACAGGUUGUGGGGCCGGCCAUCUUGAAAUAUCGCGCACUGCUUGAGACACACAACACUCCCUUUGCGCACCAGAAGCGUGGAGUGAAGGCAGUGGAGAGGCUGUGGCAUUUCCUAGUGAGGCAAGAGAAUGUCCAGGAUGUGUUUGUGAGGUACAUUUUUGGCCGCAAGAGACCGAUCCAGGACCCGCCCACUGUUCACUCGGACCAUGACGAUGCAGUAAGUGACCUGUGUGACGGCCUUGAUGGGUCUGGCACUGCUGAUGGGGGCUCUGAGGGGGGCGGGGAGAGCCACCAGGACCACUCGGAAGGGGGGGCCACGGCGUCGGAGGGGGCCAACACCACCCCCGCCCCUCCUCCCGCCCCGCCCACCCUAGAGCCUGUCCGAAUUAUCCACAAAGACCAGGAUUCAAUUACUGCCUUCUGUAUCAACAAGGUGAACCCCGGGCUUGUGUCAGUGGCCACAGUGAGGGAGGUUCAAGAGUUGGAUAUCUCCCUGCUACUGGAACACCCCUCUUGGUUGACCAAUGAGUGUGAAUUGGAUGUCCUGGCUCUUAAUAAGGAGCCCGACGCUGUGCCCUCGUCAAACUUCCUGGUGAUUCAAACUCCCAUGGACAAGACUAUUCUGGAGCCUUCCAAAUCGGGUCUGGACGGCAACCUCUCCUCCUCCUCCAGCAUCAAUUUCUCUGGAAUGGGUGGACCAGCGAUGGGACAGACUGGCCGGGGGACUAAUGUGCUAAAGGAAUUGAAAGGCAUCCCUGGGGCGUCGAACCCUCGUUUUUGUCGCUUUGUGUGGGAACGGAGCAGACAUUACUUACGGCCGCUACUGAGUCACCGUGUGGAAGGAACAAGAAGAAUGACGUCACAUCCUGUUCUGCCGCUGUACUUGGUGGGAUGCCAGGAUGGGUCGGUGGUGGUGAGGGAGUGGCAUCAUCACACAGCUGUGGCGCGUCCCAGGCCCGGCGGUACAUUUGCCAAGGUAGCCAGGGUGAGAUUCAACCAGCAGGGCAGCAAGUUUGGUGUGGUGGAUGGAGAUGGUAAUUUGUCCCUGUACCAGCUGGGUCUCUCCUCCUCUGUCAGCAAACCAUUCUAUAGCCACCAGUGUCACAGCAAGCAUGGCAGUGAUUUUGUGUUCCUUGGCUCUUCAUCCCUCCUUGCCACAGCCGGCCAGAGCUCGGAGCAUAGGAACGUUGCAUUGUGGGACACCCUUCUGCCGCAGCGCAAGGCUAAUGUUGUCUCCUGGUCGUGCCAUGAUAGCGGUGCCUCCUCCCUACUGUAUGCCCCUCACCACCAGCUCCUCCUCAGUGCCGGGAAGAAGGGAGCUGUCUGUAUCUUUGACAUUAGACAACGCACCCUUCGUCAUAAAUUCCAGGCCCACGACUCUGCCAUCAAGUGUAUGGCUCUUGACCACAGUGAGGAAUUCUUCUGCACCGGCUCAGCUGAUGGCGAUAUUAAGGUCUGGGGUCUAGGAGUGCACAAUCUUAUCUACAAUUUGAGCGGGGAACACUCUAAAUCGACCCUCUUCAAGAACUUAAGCCAGGGAGUCACACAGCUCUACCUAGACAGCUGCAAUAGACUCUUUUCCUGUGGUGCUGAUGGUUCUAUUAAACUUAGACAGUUGCCAGAGAGAGACCUGAGCGCCACACACCUGUAGGAGAUUGGCAGGUGUGUGUGUGUGUAGGUGUAGAGGUGUUUUUGAUUGUUUGUGAGUGUUUGAGUGUGUUUGAGUGGUUUUGAGUGGUUUGGGUGUGUUUGUGAGAGUGUAUGUGUGUUUGUGUGUGGUUUUGAGUGUUUUGUGUGGUUUGGGUGUGUUUGUGAGAGAGUGUGUGUGUUUUUGAGUGUGUUUGUGAGAGU